AUGUACUGUGGUUUUUUGUUUUUUUUUCCUUUUAAAAAGCGCAUUCAGUAUGCAAAAACAGACUCUGAUAUCAUCUCUAAAAUGCGCGGUACUUUUGCUGAUAAGGAAAAAAGGAAGGAAAAGAAGAAGGCCAAAUCUCUGGAGCAGUCAGCAAAUGCAGCAAAUAAAAAGGUUAUCCAGGGAGCAACACAAAAUUCAGCCGGUGCCCCAGGGACUGCAGCACAGAAUCAGCAGGUGCCUGAUAACCCACCAAACUACAUCCUUUUCCUUAAUAACUUGCCUGAGGAAACAAAUGAGAUGAUGCUGUCCAUGUUAUUCAAUCAGUUUCCUGGAUUCAAAGAAGUCCGUUUGGUGCCUGGGCGCCAUGACAUUGCAUUUGUGGAGUUUGAAAAUGAAAAUCAAGCAGGAGCUGCUCGAGAUGCUCUCCAAGGAUUCAAGAUUACUCCGUCUCAUGCCAUGAAAAUCACAUAUGCAAAGAAAUAACCGAAUGCUUUUU